AUGGAACGCUACAACAUGACAAUUAUCAACGAGUCGGGUGACGGUGUUAUCACCCAUAACCAUGUGCAUCAGAAGGAGUGUUCCUAUAAGGAAUUCUGGAAUUGCAAACCUAAAGAUUUCGAUGGGACGAAAGGAGUCCUUACUAUGAUGCAGUGGUUUGAGAAGACUGAAUCAAUAUUCGAAAUCUGCGAAUGCCUAGAAAGGAGCAUAGUGAAGUUGGCCGCUUUCACUUUCACGGAAAGAGCCCUCACAUGGUGGGUCAGCCAUGUGAAGUCACUAGGUCUUACAGUGGAAAAUUCAAUGGGUUGGGAGAACAUGAAAGAACUGAUGAGGGAAGAGUACUGCCCCAGAGGCGAGAUACAAAAGCUAGAGGAAGAGCUUUGGAAUCUCUCAAUGGAUGGGUUUGAAAUAGUGACCUACACUAAUAGAUUUAGUGAGCUAGUGGCACUAUGCCUAGAGAUGGUUACUCCCGAGAGCAAGAAAAUAGAGAGAUAUAUCUGGGGAUUAUCUCCUCUGAUGAUAGGAGAUGUUUUAUCAUCCAAUCCCAUCACUUUUGAUAGUGCCAAAUGCUUGGCACAUAGGCUUGUUGACCAUGAAGCCGGUCAAAACAUGAUUACCCCGAUUUCUGAAUCAUUAAAGGGGAAUGCCUGCAAGCGAAAGUCUGGGAAUGAUGAGAAAAGGGAAUCAACUCAGAAGGCAAAGAUUUAUGUUGCUACAACUCCUGUCAUCCCGAAAACUGCCAAAAAUUAUGCUGGAACACUUCUGAAGUGUGACAGGUGCACAUUUCAUCACACUAGAGCAUGCCGUGAGAUGCAUUGUAAAAAUUGCAACAGAAAGGGGCACACUGUUCGUUUCUGUAGAGCACCGGCACAACCUAUCUCCCAAGUCCCUAGCACUGGAUUCAGCCAUGCUUUCUAUGGGUGUGGCAAAACGGGGCACAUGAAGAGGGAUUUCCUAAUAACAAGGAACUCUGGCGCAGACGGAAGGAUACUAAUGAUCACCUCCACAGGAGAGACUACUCCGGAUCCACGUUGA